UACAAACUACAACCCAACGACCUUCCAACCUUGCUGAACAAAACAACGAGAAGCUAAAUCACCAUGUCCGAAGGCGGAGGCUGGAGCACCAUUGAAUCCGACGAGGGCGUCUUCACCUCACUGAUCGAGAACCUCGGGGUCAAAGACGUGCAAUUCGAAGAACUCAUCUCCCUAGACGCCGACACGAUCCGCUCAUUAAGCCCCGUCUACGGCGUAAUCUUCCUCUUCAAAUGGAUCCGCGAACAACCCCCCUCAUCCACAAGCACCACAUCCCUCUCAAAACCACCGUCAGGAACCUACGACACCUCCCCGCCAGCAACCCUCUUCUUCGCGAACCAAACCAUCCAAAACGCUUGCGGCACGCAAGCGAUCCUCUCCGUGAUCCUCAACCACGACACCGCAUCCUCAUCAUCCAGCCCAAAAGUCGACAUCGGACCGGAACUCCGCGCCUUCAAGGAUUUCACCACCGGCUUCCCCCCGGAUCUCCUGGGCGAGGCGCUGUCGAACAGCGAACCGAUCCGGACAGCGCACAACGCCUUCGCGCGGUCGUCGCCGUUCGUCGACGAGACGCAGCGGCCCCAGCAGGACGAGGAGGGCGGGGACGUCUAUCAUUUCAUCGCGUACACGCCCGUCGCCGGCCGAUUGUAUGAGCUGGACGGCCUGCAGCCGCAUCCCAUCGGCCACGGGGACUGCACCCCCGAGCAAUUUCCCGAGAAGGUCAUCGAGGUGAUUCAGCAGCGUAUCGCCCGGUACCCCGAGGGCGAGACGCGGUUUAACCUCAUGGCUGUGUGCCGGGAUCUGCGCGUCCGGGCCCGCGAGUUCGGCGACGCCGAGGCGCUGGAGACGGAGGAGCGCAAGCGGAGGGCCUGGGCGUGGGAGAAUACGCUGCGCAAGUCGAAUUUCGUCGGUUUCAUCGGGGAGGUCUUGAAGGGGGUGGCGGGCAUGAAGGAGCAGGAGGGCAAAUUCGACGAGUGGGUCGAGGGGGCGAAGAAGGAGACCCAGAGGAAGUUGCUGAGGAAGUGAUCUUCCUCUCUUCCUCUAUGUGUAUUAUGGCUAGCAGAAGGUUGUCUAUGGCUCCUCUGGAUGAUGAACUCAAUUCGAAUCAGUGAU